AUGGGUGGUAGGCAACUUGUGUUGGUCUCAACCCUUAUGAGCUUUGUGACUUGUCCUUUGUUGAGGUUUCCUGUGGUUAUCGAUAACGUCGCAAAACGAUGCAGGAUUGGAUCCGAGGCGCUCAUCAUUGACGCCAUCAUUUAUUUCUUGUUCCCAUUGUUUUUUUCAACAUUCGCUGUGCAUUUCGCCGAAGCAUUAACGCCGUAG